AUGGCGAUCUGGCUGCUGCUACUACUUUUGGUAGCUCCCAGCACAGUGCUAGGAUACUGCCGAAGAGACAAAUCUUGCAGUUCCUUUGACGUUUCCGAAUGCAACGGUCAAUACGGCUGCUGGGCGCAAAUCACAUCCUCCAAUUGCCACACUACCUACCACAAUACCGGUGGAUCUUACUACUCGUGCAGCAAAUCGUGCGAAACCAAGUACAGCGAGGACUGUAGCAUUUUAUUCGCAGAGGAGAAAUGUAAACGCAAGAACAAUUGCGAAUGGAAGGGGGGUGGAGUCGAUGCGUCGGUCAUUGGGCUCGCCAUUUUGUUUCCAAUUCUGGGCAUCAUCAUCUUUGGUGGUUGCUUCUACUUGUGCUGGCAAAAUGGAAAUUGCUGUUGCAAAACGAAAAACCGGGGAGAGUGGAGCACUCCUGUCAAAGACGAGAACGAAGAUGACGUCGUGGCCGACAUGCCAGACGAUCUGGAACGAGUAGUGGUGGAAGAGGCCGUACCCAAUCACCCAAGCUGUGACCCAAACAGUUCUGCAAUAAUCUCGGAGGAUGAUAUCAUGGAGGAACCGGAAGAUGCAUAUGCAUUCCACGCUGGCUCAGGGCAUUCCACAAACAAUAGCAUCGCGAAUGACACAACUGCUAUCAUCAAAGAAGACUACAAGGAUCCAGUGACAGGCAUGGUGACCAUCACAGUCCAUAAACCUACCAAAGACACAAUGGUUGGUAUUAGCUUUCAGCAGGAAUGCGGGCCAGUCAUAUCAGGAAUCAAGGAGUUUGGGUUGUUGCAGGGAUCAAAUCUAGAGGUGGGGAUGAGAGUGAUCAAAGUGAAUGGGAUGGAUUGCUCCGAGUCAGCAGAGUAUUGCACCAUGCUCUUGAUGUCCAUUAAAGGAGACCUUUCAAUUGUGGCCAAAUGGGAUCCCACGAGCAGCAGCCUGGCCAAUGAGACAUCAACAGCUUUGAUUGUUGAAGAUUACAAGGACCCGAGAACAGGCAUGGUAACCAUUACAAUGCACAAACCCACCAAGGAUGCAAUGGUUGGUAUUAGCUUUCAGAGGGAACAUGGACCCGUGAUUUCAGGCAUCAAUGAAUUUGGGUUGUUACAGGGAACCAAUCUAGAGGUUGGGAUGCGAGUGGUCGCAGUGAAUGGAAUGGAUUGCUCGGAAUCAGCUGAAUACUGUAACAUGCUCUUGAGGAACAUUUCAGGAGACCUCACCAUUGUUGCCAAAUGGGAUGACGAAGGGAGACUUGAAAAAGCAGGCUACCAUGCGGCUAAAGGGACCAGGUCCACCACCAACAUGGUUCACCCUGACGAUGGUGCACAGGAACCGAAACUACCACAACCUGUCAAAUCUGAGUACUUUGAUACCAGGCUUGACGGCGAGAAAGAUGCAGGGACGAUUGUACUGAAUUCCAAGGGCCUGGCGUACUACGGAGAGAAGAAAGUCAAAGUGGCGUGGUCGAACAUUCAAAAGCAUCUAGGCAAUGCAGCUGGCAGACCCAAAGCCCUCCUGAAAAUCACCCACCGAAUAAGAAACAAGUCCUACCAGUUCCAAAUGAAGGACAGAGAAGAUCUCGAUAGGAUCAGGAACGAUAUCAAAGAACAUCUUCGUAUCCACUCGAGCGAAAACUUGGGUCGUGAUUCCUUCACCAGCCACACAGCGGAUGCGAGCACCACCAGCUUCCUUCAUGAUUCCACAGCAAGCUUCGCCGAUGGUAACAUGGUUGACCCACCAGUUUGA